GCAAAGAAGGCCACCUUUCCCGUGGCAGACAAAAUUGUGUACAGGUGUGACCGCCAAACCCAGUUUCGGAACUUUGAAGACAUGUUUUCCUUGACCAGCUUCAGCAAAAAGAAGCCUCAGCUGGCGCUUGCAGAUGCGGACCACAUUACGCAGCACUUCGCCUUGGAGCACUGGAGGCAAACCGGAUCCAGCGCAACUGCGCUCUACUAUGCAGCCCUUGUGCCUCUCGCAGACACCGAUGCCCGCUAUGACAGUGACAGUGAUUUGUUCAGGCUCAUGCAAGAUGUUUUGGCUGCGCCAUCUUUGAGCACGAGCCCUUCGCUGGCUUUGGCGGUGGACGAUGCUGGAUUCCAGUUCCAGAUCACUGAAGAUGAGACUGCCGGUUUGACCAGGUCAGGAGCUGCGCAGGUGGCCAUAGUCCCCGAAGAUGGCUUGUCUAGGUGCACACUCUUCAGAGUGAACCACUGGUAUCCUUCGCGAAUGAAACAAGUUCAAGGCAACUUCCAGGCUUCGCUUUGCGCGAAGGAUGUGGCGGUGAGUUUGUACGCAAUAGCGGAGCUGGAUUCAGACACUCAGGUGCUUCGCACAACUGGGGUGCCAGAAGGCAAGUCCGGGACUGCAGCCACGGCUGUGGCAUUGGUGAAUGAAGCUUUAUUUCGGGACAAGGUGUUUGUGUUCGCCACUGACCCGGAGCCCACCUUUGCGCUGCGAGGAAAUUGGCCAGCAAAGUGGUCCGAGGCAGUUUCCAGGCUGUUUGCAGCAAAAGCUUUGCCGGACUCGAAAGAAGCCCACAAAGUUCAAGGCAGCGUGUCUGGCCAAGCAGAAAGGCUGAUACUGGCAGAGAUGGAAAGGGAAGGGCUUGCAAAGGAAGAUUUUGCAGAAGAGACAGCUGCCACCAGCAGCAACUGGCGCCUAACUCCCAAGGCUGUGGAGCAAUCUCAGCAGUUGUUCACGCUCCGAAGUCCAUGCUCUGUUUUGGCCCACAGGAAUUUGCCAGAGAAGCUUGAGUGGACCCGCUUCGAAAUUGCCCAGCACUUGAAGAGCAAGGGAUGGGCGUCCGUGAGCAUUCGGAAGAUUCCACCAAGGUUGAGGUCAGAUUUGUCUUUGCAUGUGGAGGAUGUGGGCGAGGGCCAUAUCCUUUCAGAGUUUGGGCCUCCUCACAAAAUGUGGGUGUACAAGGCUGGCGUACCAAGUCACGCUUAUUUGUCAGCCAUGCUGGCUGUUGAGCUGAGGCGUGAUAUGCUAUUGGCGUGCGGAAUCCAGGCCCUGCCGCACACGCAAACUGAACAGUUUUUCAAAAUUUUUGCAGAGGCAGCGUGGGAGAAGAGACCGCUGGACGAUUUCUUGCGCAUGCAGGACGACCAGCAGCCAGCAAGGCCAGCGAAUGCCAACGUUUUGCCCGACCCGGAAGCUUGUUCUGAUGCUGAUGGCAACUCCGAAAACUUGGACCCAGAGAUUGCAGAGUUUGAGAACUCGUUGGAAGCAGAGUUGGAAAAGUUGUUGGCGGAAGAGGAGGCUGAACAUCCGGAUGCGCCGGCCGCAGAAGCAAGUGCUGAUGAGAGGGCAGAGGUUUCAGGUGAAGUCGCAGGUGGCAGCCGUGAUGCAAGAGACAGCGCGGGGGAGGAUGUGGGCCCUGAUACGGCUGCGACAAAGCGCGUGGUCAGAGAAAAAACUCACAUGUGGGGGCCAUUCCGAAUCACCCACAAACUUACGAAGGCUGGGAAGGAAAGCUGGCAGGCCAUUUGCUUGGCGCACAGAGACGAGAGCGCGCGCUGCACAAAGAGUUUGUCCUUUGUUGCAGCCACAGAGGAGCUGCCCAAUUCAUAUUAA